AUGGCUCUUCAAGCAAGGAGGGCUGCAGCACCCCAGGGGGCAUCUCCAUCACCGGCACAAGCAUCGAAGGCAACUCCAGAUUCAAUCGCCACUAACCCUACAUGGUUGUCCAUGCCUCCUGCCUUUGUACCCAACUGUUCUUCCCCAAUGGUCAACUCAGAUCUGAAUGCCACUUACGCUGAACUAGGUUCUCACCCACCUGGUGGUUUCCUAAGUUACUUUGAACCAUCAGACUACUCUCAUCCUAAAGAAGUUCCACGUGAGACACCCAUGUCCCCUAAUUUUGUUUAUGCUAGUGGCCCUACUCCAUAUGCUCCAUUCCAGACACCACAACCAUGGAUGGCUGAAGGUUGGACAUCGCAAUCAGCCCCCAAACAAGUCACUACACAUUCAUCACUUGGCUCACAAGCUGCUCCUGUUGUCGAUGUUGAAAACAUUGAUGAUAAUGGAGUCAAUCCAAGCACGUUAUCGAAAAAAGAUGCUGGUGGAAGUAGAACCGAGAGGAGGAUGAUAUGGACAUCUGAUGAGACCAUGAGAUUGGUCAGUGCUUGGUUGAAAAACUCAAAUGAUCCAAUUAAAGGGAACCGGAAGAGAAAUGAUCAAUACUGGGGAGCACUAACUAGCAUGUUUAAUAGCACGACCCCAAGUGAUCGUAUUAGAGAAGUUAAGCAAUUGAAAGAACAAUGGCAUCGUGUGAACAGAACUGCGAAUGCCUUUCAAGGUUCUUGGAUAAAAGUACAACGUCUUCGUGCCAGUGGAGAGUCUGAUGAGCAGGUAAUGGACAAAGCCAUGGCUUUUUAUGAAGAGGAUUUCGAAGAAGGUCAGUUCAAACUCAUAGCUUGUUGGAAGGCUCUUCGAGAUCAACCAAAGUGGCAUGCCUACAAUGAGGAUCUUAAUGAAUCUAACAAAAGAAAGAAUUCUGAGUCAGAGGCUGUGGACCUGACAUCAUCUCCUGAUGUUCUCAAUGGUCUGCCGCGUCCAAUAGGGUGUAAGAAAGCUAAAGAUGAAAGCAAAGGGAAAGGAAAGGGGAAGGGUUCAUCAUCAACUUUGGAUGAGAUUGACAAGUUGAGAGAAGGUCAAGCCAAAUCUAAGGAAGAUCGCAUUGAGGUGUUGGAGAGACACCAACAAAUUGCCGCGGACAAGAAGGAAUCAGCAAGACUGAACCACCUUGCAGCACGGGAGAAGAAGGAGGCAAAAUUACUUGAAAAGGAAGGGAAAUUGCGUGAUAAAGAAUCCAAAUUGCUGGAAACAUAUAAAUCACUUCUUACUUUUGACACAAGGCAUAUGCUUGAGGACUUGAAAGCUGAGCAUAUGAUUGCUGCGAAGAGUAUGAGGGAGAGGAUUUUUGCUAAUUUUGCUUCGUGA